CUCUAGAAUAGAGCAUCUUGAUGGUUCUCUUUGCGUCUUAAUUUGACAAGUGUGUUUGACAAUACAAUUUCUAAAUCAUCAGUAUUUUAAAUAUAAGCAUUAAUGGCAGCCAAUACUGAGAAGAAGGAAGCGAAAGGGACCCAAAUGAAGGGAAAACUCAAGUUUGAAAAAAAGCCUUGCCCCUGGCUAUGUGACAUGGUGCCAGUGAACGUGCCACCGCCAGGGCAGGCACAAGCUGUACUACAUCCUAGAAAAGAUGUGUUUGUCUUGAAGGUAGCUAAAAUUGGAGCAAACGGAGACCGCCGUUGUAAAUUGGAACUUGAAUUGGUGACCCCUAAAGGACCUCAAAAAAAAGCGCCGUGCCGAAUAGAGACGCGGGAAACUCAAUGCGAACCCGAAUGCGAACCAUGUGGUUGCAUGAAAACAACUAAGAGAAAGAAAUAAAAUCUAACCUUAUUGGAUCCUACAUUUUAAACCAUUGACGCUUAUCAUAUAAAAUACGUAUUGGAUUUAGAAAAUUAAGUACAAAUUUAUUAUAUUUCAUUUAUCACACAAAGAAUAUCAAAAACGAAAUAAAC